AACAGUCAAUCCCCCUGCGCCUGCCCGUUGUCCUGAGGCUCUCAGGUUAAUCAAAACUGUCCUCAUAUACCAAUUUACGUUUAAUUCAUUAUCAACCAUCAUUUCGUCUCUCCUAAGAAUCUCGCAGCAAUCCACUUCCAUUAUUCCGAUCACCCCCCAAUUAUCCUCUAUGCUACAACCCUAACCCUAAUCUACUCUAUCAAUCGAAUUACUCUAAUUGAUUUGAAUAUUCGAUUCGAUUUGCUUUAAACAUUGAGGUAUGUACAGCAAUUUCAAAGAACAAGCGAUCGAAUACGUGAAACAAGCAGUACAAGAAGACAAUGCGGGAAACUAUGCCAAGGCUUUUCCGCUAUAUAUGAAUGCGUUGGAGUACUUUAAGACGCAUUUGAAGUACGAGAAGAAUCCUAAGAUUCGAGAAGCUAUAACUCAGAAAUUUACUGAAUAUCUCCGACGAGCUGAGGAGAUUCGGGCUGUUUUAGAUGAAGGUGGUGGCUCUGGCCCUGCUUCUAAUGGUGGCGAUGCGGCUAUUGCGGCUCGGCCUAAAGCUAAGUCCAAAGAUGGGGAUAAAGAUGGGGAAGACGCUGAACAGGCUAAGUUAAGGUCUGGCCUUAAUUCUGCGAUUAUUCGAGAAAAGCCCAAUGUAAAGUGGAGUGAUGUUGCUGGAUUAGAAAGUGCUAAACAAGCUUUGCAGGAAGCUGUCAUCUUGCCCGUUAAGUUUCCUCAGUUUUUCACUGGUAAAAGGCGACCAUGGAGAGCUUUUCUUUUGUAUGGGCCGCCUGGAACAGGAAAGUCAUACUUAGCCAAGGCUGUUGCAACUGAAGCAGACUCAACAUUCUUUAGUGUAUCUUCUUCAGAUUUGGUCUCAAAGUGGAUGGGUGAGAGUGAAAAGUUAGUUUCCAACCUUUUCCAGAUGGCUCGUGAAAGUAAUCCUUCGAUUAUUUUCAUUGAUGAAAUAGACUCGUUAUGUGGUCAAAGAGGAGAAGGAAGUGAAAGUGAAGCUUCUAGACGUAUCAAGACAGAACUCCUGGUGCAGAUGCAGGGUGUUGGACACAACGACGAUAAAGUUCUUGUUCUUGCUGCAACAAAUACACCAUAUGCUUUAGAUCAGGCUAUUCGACGGCGUUUUGAUAAGCGUAUUUAUAUUCCCCUACCAGAUCAAAAGGCUCGGCAGCAUAUGUUUAAGGUUCAUCUUGGGGAUACCCCUCACAACUUGACUGAGAGUGAUUUUGAAUUCUUAGCUCGUAAAACAGAGGGAUUCUCUGGUUCAGAUGUAUCUGUUUGUGUCAAAGAUGUACUUUUUGAACCUGUUCGUAAAACUCAAGAUGCAAUGUUCUUCUACAAGACAAAAUCUGAUAUUUGGGUGCCUUGUGGGCCUAGACAGCCAGGUGCUACCCAAACUACUAUGCAGGAUUUGGCAGCGGAGGGACUUGCUGCUAAGAUUGUUCCACCCCCAAUUACAAGAACAGAUUUUGAAAAAGUACUUGCUCGGCAGAGGCCAACUGUGAGCAAAUCAGACCUUGAUGUACAUGAGAGAUUUACGCAAGAGUUUGGCGAGGAAGGCUAAUUUUUUCCGAUGGAAGUUCAGUAUGUCAUUCCGAGGAGAUUGCAGAAGUUAUUACUAUACGUAAUACUAUGAUGCAAUGUCCAGCGAUCUCCUCUUGUUCAGAACUAUAUUCAAAUAUUUAAUAUCUGGAAAGAUAUUAAUUUGCCUUGUUUAAACAAAAGCCGUGUAAUUGUGCAUUAAUCUCGUUUCUCAUUCUUUCGGAAAAAAAACAUGUUUCGCAUUACUCCAUAUCAAUAGUAGCCUGCUUGGCACUUCUGAUGUUU